UUAUAAUUUAAUUUUUGUUAAACUUCAAAGCAAAAAAGAUUUUAUUUUUGAGAUAUUUCUUUUCAAUUAUUUUUAAAAAUAAAAAUGUCCACCACUGUGCCACUGAUUGUAAGACUUUUGGCUUCUUCGGUAUCCGUUGCCGGCAGAGCUGGGAAAAUAGUGAGAGAUGUUAUGAGUAAGGGAGAGCUUGGUAUAGUUGAAAAGGGUAAAGAUGAUUAUCAGACUGAAGCGGAUAGGUCAGCACAGAGAUGCAUCAUAGCCUCUCUCUCUGCUCAAUACCCUAAAGUUAACAUUAUUGGAGAAGAGGACAGUCCAGAAGAUGAGGGUGAGGUCUCAAGUGAAUGGCUUGUGGUAGAUGCUGACAAGGAAAUCUUGUCUAUAGAGUGUCCAUCAUUUCUACAAAAUGUGAAAGAAGAGGACAUCGUCAUUUGGGUUGAUCCUUUAGAUGGAACGUCAGAAUAUACUCAAGGUGCCCUUAUGUUGAAGAGAGAUCCGUGGGAAAGAUGGAAAAUGUAUUUCACUCAUCCAAUUAUAAGUAUCAAGUGGUAUUUAAGUUUACUACAGUCACACUAUGGGUUUCUUGAACAUGUAACAGUUUUAAUCGGAAUAUCAGUUAAUGAAAAACCAGUCGCUGGUGUCAUACAUCAGCCAUAUUUUAAGACUUUGGUUGAUGGAGAGAAAAAGAUUGGGAGAACUAUCUGGGGUCUGCAGGAGGUUGGCGUGGGGGGCUACACACCUGCCCCACCACCUGACUCGCUUGUUAUCACAACUACAAGGAGUCACUCCAACCCAAUAGUAGAAAAAGCAUUGCAAGUCAUGAAUGCAACUCAAAUACUGAGGGUUGGUGGUGCUGGCUAUAAGGUUUUACAGUUAUUGGAAGGAGUAGCAUCCAUUUAUGUGUUCGCUAGUCCAGGCUGUAAAAAAUGGGACACGUGUGCACCAGAAGCUGUUCUAAAUGCAGCAGGUGGAAAACUUACGGACAUUCUAGGAAAUUAUUAUAAAUAUGGAGCUUCAGAAACAAGGCCCAACAAAACAGGAGUGCUCGCUGCCGUCAAUAACGACCUCCACACGUAUGCACUAAAUAAAAUACCUCAGGAAUUAAAAGAGAAACUAGCCAAUAAGUAAAUAAUUAAUUUAAUAUACACUGCACAUACAGAGAUUAUUGCUAGCUGCAAAUAAAACUGAAGUAAUAAUAUAUUACAAAUAACUACUUAUUUUU